AAUGGCCCCGUCUGUGGCGUGGAGCAUAUGAUCCAGAAAACAUGAGUUCAAAUUUCGCGGCAUAGCACGCUCAUUUUUUUUUCGAUUGCAUUAAGAUUACUACAGUACGUUCCUGACGAACCGGGCUGUAUAAUGAUAUAUGCCUUGGCUAGGGCCUCGAAGGAAAAUAAAAAGUUAUCUGUCAUUAAAGUUACUCUAUUUUCAUUCCGCCAUUUCGUUUCUUUCGGCGUCACGAACCGGUCUCCCAGUGCGAAUUUAAAUAAAACCUGUUGCUGAAUCAUGGAACGGUAAGUAAAUUUCAAUUAUUUAUCUACUUUGUGAGGUUUGUUAGCAAUUUUCAUUGAAAAAAUCUGUGAUGAAUGCAAAAGUACCCUAGGUAUGAACGACGUCAGUUCCGAAUCAGUGACUUUUUUGUGACCUAAAUCACUACAAAUCUCUAAAUGUUUCCUUUAUUAGUUGCGGUAUUUAUCAUUUUAGCUAAAUACGUAAGCAUGAGGCAUAUUCUGAUGUAAAACGUGAGAAAUAUCGAUAAAAGUGUGUAACGGUUUUUUGUGGAGCAAAUGCUCCAAGGCCACAGACACGGCGUGACAUUAGUUUGAAGUUUGUUUGGUGACGGUUGACUAACAUGGGUUGCCGUUGGUCGGCUUUUUUAUUAUGACUUAAAAUUAAAUUGACUUUUUAUUUUAUUGUAUUUACGUCGACUUUUUAUUUUUAUUAACAUUAAUAUGAAUAAAAAAAAACUUUUAACUGUCAUUGGUAUUUUUUAUUUCAAUGUACUGGAACUUUCAUGAGACACACAAACUUGUUUUUGUUUUUGUCUGAAUCCAUUAAAUUUUUUUUGGUUUCAUGCCAAUUUCUUUUUACUUACAUUUUUUGUUUUUUACCCGACUGCGCCAGAAGGAGGGUUAUGUUUUUCGAGUGUAUGUAUGUUUAAUAUUUGUUUUUGAGUUUGCUUUGCUCAUUUGUUUUUUUUUGCAUGUUAUUAUAGCGCAAUGAGAGGAGGUCGUACGCGAGGUGGCGUACGCACACGCGGGGGCGGCGUACGCACACGCGGGGGCGGCGUACGUGGCGGUGCCGGUGCUAGUGGCACAGGCCGGCCAUCUGUUUUGGAACCGAUGAGCAGCCUGGAUGUCAGGGAGGUGCCGCGAGGCAGUGGCCUGGAGCGGCCGCUCCACGCUCCCAAACGGAGGAGAAUUUUGCCCUCGGCAACUGUGACCAACAUCCGAGAGCAUGUGGGAGCGUGGAGCACUGACGAUGCUGGGCUGCCGUCGGUUCCAAUUGACAUUCCAACUGAUGUCCCGGGCCCCACCCCUGCCGAGGAGCCGGAGCUGGAGCCGGAGCUGGAGCCGGAGCUGGAGCCGGAGCUUGAGCCGGAGCUUGAGGUGCAGGUGCCGUCACCGGCACUAUAUUUGGAGUGCGGUGGUAGCGGCGCGUCCACUCCUCGUGCUGCGGGGAGCGGGCCAUCGACGCCACGGUCGAGGCUCACUUCUCGUACUGCGGGGAGUGGACCGUCUACGCCUCGAGGCGCCACGAGGCGCAGUUUAUUGGUGGGACGUCGCCGACCGCUGCAGGACCACGAAAUCAUGGAACAUCUGUUCUAUGGAAGUGAGGAAGACUCUUCGGAGGAGGAGGAGGAAGACGGGGACGCUCUGCCGGCGCCGAUUCCGCGCGCGGUACGGGCGUUCCUCGAGGAUGAGGUCCAUGGGGAAGAAGGGGCCGCACCAGCGGCCCUUGAUUUUUCAUGGCCUCCUCCGGACUUCACCCCCUCCGUCGAGCCGCCUUCGCCCGUAGAACAGGUGUUGCCAGCGGUCCCGGUCCUGCAGCCUACGGUCCCGGAGCCCGCAGUCGCGGAGCCCGCAGUUCCGGAGCCCGCAGUCGCGGAGCCCCCAGUUCCGGAGCCGGAGGUGCCGUCGGCGACGGCUAACCUAGAUAAGUUUGACUUCCAGUGGAGAGCAUUCACUCAACCUCAAAUCGCACCUGAGUUGAGGAGGGAAUCGUUCUCCGACAUUAAUUGUGGACCCACUACUCCGUAUGCCACCCCAUAUGAUGCUUUUGUAGCCAUUUGGGAUCGGCAAAUUAUGGAGCACAUUGUUGUGGAGACAAACCUAUACGCUCAACAGCUAGCGGCGAUGAUGAUUCAGUCCAACACUAUGUGUCCUAGCAGUAGGAUUACAAAGUGGGUGGACACGUCUGUCGAGGAACUGUACGUGUAUUUCGCCAUAACCCUAGCAAUGGGGAUUGUGGUGAAAUCACGUAUUGAGGAGUACUGGAAUUGUUCUCGUGACAUUUUCAGUACCCCUGAGUUCUCGACAGCGAUGAAUUGUGAUCGCUUCUUGUUGUUGAGUAGGUGUCUCCACUUCCAAGACAACGCGAUUUGCAAUCCUGGUGAGCUUACUAGAGCUCAAGCUAAGUUAUUUAAAAUCCAGCCGAUCAUUGACCAUUUAAAUAUUAAAUUCUCCCAUUUAUAUAAUUUGGAUCGAAAUGUGGCACUGGAUGAGAGUCUGACGAUGUGGAAGGGGUGGUUGGACAUCAACCAGUUUAUCAAAAAUAAGGCAGCGGCAGUCGGCAUCAAAACUUUUGAGCUGUGUGAGUCCAAGACCGGAUACUUGUGGCGUUUUGAGGUGUAUUCGGGUCACGAAGAAGCCUCAAAUGCUCAAGCGUCCCCAGUCUCUGGGAUCAUACCCUCAAUAGUUUUGAGGCUACUGGAGGGUCUCGAGCACCGAGGCCAUACGGUAUGGAUGGAUAAUUAUUAUAAUUCUCCUGCACUAUCCCGGGAGUUAAAGUGCCGUGGGUUCGACUGCGUGGGGACGCUACGCACGAACCGCCAGUUCGUUCCCACGGAACUGAUGCACCUUUCAAAGGGCAACAUGGCUGUCGGUCAGGUGUGUGGCUGUACCUCAGGGGACGUUGAUCUCAUUGUAUGGCGAGAUAAGAACCGUGUGGCUCUUACCUCGACAUACCAUGGGUUAGCUACCGUGAAGUGUGGCGCCACCCUGAAACCGACCGUCAUCGCAGAUUAUAAUCUGUGUAUGGGGGGCGUUGAUCGUAAAGAUCAAAUGCUGGCGAUGUAUCCCAUUGAAAGGAAGCGUACUUCCGUGUGGUACAAGAAGUUGUUCCGGCGGUUGCUGAAUGUGAGCACAUUAAAUGCCUACAUACUUUACAAAUCCCAGCAAUCAACUACUCACCGAAGUUUUCGCAAAACUUUGGUGAAGGAGUUGUUGUCACGGCACUCUCCACAACCCAGGCCUACGCCCAUCAUUACACACCACCGUGAAACAGACAGUAACACACAAGGCUUAAAGCACUACCCGAAGCAGUACACCGCGUUGGAAACCUCCAGCCACCGCCACCGGCGGAACUGCGCGGAAUGUGGCAAGCGCGUCACAUCGUACUGCAACGGGUGCGAAAAAGCGCUUUGCGUUUUUUCGUGCUUUGAGCCUUACCACACAAAACUGUUCAGAAGCACUACACAGUAACUUUUUUUUUUUUUAACAGACAUGGUAUUUGUGUGCGUAUGUUCAGUAACCAUCGUAACAGCUUUUUGUUGUAGGUAUGAUAAUUGUCCAUAUAUCGUAGCUGCUUUGUUUUUGAUGGCUACAUUUUGAUCCCUAUAUUUAUUUAUUUAUGUACAGUAUUUAUUUAUGUAUGUAAUGUAUAUUUUACCUUAUUUAUU